CCUAUAUAAUUCGCACCGAAUCAUUGCAAACCUUUCACUAUACGAUUACUCCACAAUAUCAAUAUUUCUAAAUACAUCUCAUUUCGAAGUUGAUCAUAUGGGAAAUGUGGUAGAAUUGAAGGUGGGUUUACAUUGUGAAGAAUGCAUUAAGAUGAUCUUAAAGGCCAUUAAGAAAAUCCAAGAUAUUGAGACGUAUGAUAUCGAUACACGAUUGAACAAGGUGACUGUUACGGGAAAUGUAACAAAUGAACAGGUUAUGAAAGUUCUACAAAAGAUAGGGAAGCAAGCGACUAUUUGGGGACAAGAUUCAACUUCAAGUUACUAAUCAAAUCGACUGCGCCUUAACUUUACAAAAAAAAAAUCGACUGCUCUAUAUGUAUGAAGCUCAUCUGUGCUCACUUAAGGUUUUAGAUCGAAUUCAAACUUCUUAUAUAAUGUAAUUGUUAGAAUAUAAUCACGUAAAAUGAACGUAUGUCCGAAAAGUAUUUAAGCCUACGAGGUCACACCUCAAC